CUUCUCGAACUCAAAGUGAUCUAGUUAGUUUUUUACAGAGGAAGUUAUGGAUCUGGAUGGCAUACACAUCCUCACUUUGUUUUCGGUACUCGUGUUUUCUGUUCUAGCAAUUUGGUUUCGCUCAUGGAAAUCCCAAUUGGAGCUGAGGAACAUCCCUGGAAAGUUGGGAUGGCCUUUGAUAGGAGAGACAGUCGCCUUUGUUUCAGAUUUCUCCAGCCCUUCCGGCAUUUACAGCUUCAUCAAGAAGCGACAGCGCAGCUAUGGGAGGGUGUUCAAGACGAGUGUGCUGGGGAGGUUCACAAUCUUCAUGACAGGGCGAGAGGCCAGCAGAUUCCUCCUGUCCGGAAAAGAUGGAGUGGUGAGCCUCAACCUGUCCUACGCCGGCAAGCAGGUGCUCGGGCCGUCGAGCCUUCUCACCACCGCCGGCGAGGAUCACCGGCAGCUCCGCAGACUGAUCGGAGAACCUCUGUCGGUCGAGUCCCUGAAGAAGAACGUGGAGUUCAUCAAUCACUGGGCCAUUAAUGCCUUGGAAGAGUGGCAAUCAGGAAGGAGAGUCCUCGUGCUCGAAGAAGCUUCGGCUUUCACGCUCAAGGUGAUCACCAACAUGAUCAUGAGCUUGGCGCCGACCGGGGAAGAACAAGAGAAGUUUCGCGCCAAUUUCAAACUCAUCUCAGCUACCUUCGCGUCCCUACCUUUCAAGAUCCCCGGAACGGCAUUCCACCGCGGGAUCCAGGCUCGGAACAGGAUGUACGAGAUGCUGGAUCGAAUGAUCGCGAAGCGGAGGAGCGGCGAAGAAGUGCAGGAUGAUUUCUUGCAAUCUCUUCUGAGAAAGCACAGCGGAGACGAUGAGGACUCGGAGAAGCUGUCUGAUGCGCAGCUGAAGGACAACAUUUUGACUCUGCUCGUCGCAGGCCAUGACACCACCACAGCAGCCCUCACUUGGUUCAUCAAGUUCUUGGGAGACAACCCGGAUGUCCUGCAAAACCUCAGAGAAGAACAUUUGCAGAUUCAGAAUGCAAGAAGAAGCAGCAGCAGCAGCAACUCAGAUCAUGUCACUUGGUCUGAAGUCAAUAGCAUGGCAUAUACCAACAAGGUGAUCAGUGAAACGCUGAGGAAAGCCACCAUCUUACCUUGGUUCUCGAGAAAGGCAGCUGAGGAUUUCACCAUUGAUGGGUAUGAAAUAAAGAAGGACUGGGCAGUGAACUUGGACGUAGUCUCCAUGCACCAUGAUCCGAGUGUCUUCCCUGACCCUGAGAAAUUUGAUCCUUCCAGAUUUGACAUGCCAUUGAAGCCCUACAGCUUCCUGGGGUUUGGCCACGGGCCAAGAAUGUGCCCAGGAAUGCAUUUGGCCAAGCUGGAGAUCUGCAUAUUUAUGCACCACUUCCUCUGCAGAUACAAGUGGGAAUCGUUGGAUGAAGAUGAGAGUUUGAAUCCAACUCUGGUUCGCAUGCCCAAGAACAAGUAUCCAAUCGCAGUAGAACAGCUCUGAUACAUAUCCAAUCGAAGCAUAUGAACUCUCGGCACAAAAAUUGGGGGGAAAAACAAUGGAAAAUUGAGGUUUUAGUUUCAUUGUUUUUCUUUGUAUUACUCUAUUAAUGAUGAUUAAUGAAUGGUGAAUAAGUGCAGUCUUGUCUGGGCUCUUUAUUGAGUGGGGCACU